AUGCUGGCUUUGGGUAGAAGCCGGUCCUGUAUACUCAUUCAGGUGAGUCAAUACAGUUCCAGCGCCAAUCAACCGGCAAAUGUACCUGAUCCCGUAGCUAGUUCCGUAAAUGUAGCUCAAUUCAAGAAGGGCGCGGGUGGGCGUGCCAGUUUUUCCGGCAAUGUUGUUACCGUUUUCGGCGCCACCGGCUUCAUGGGUUUACCGGUUGUGAAUCGCUUGGCCAAACACGGAAAUCAGUUGAUUUUGCCAUAUAGAUGUGACCCUUACUUUGUGCGUGAACACAAGGUUGUUGGCGAGCUGGGACAAAUUUUGUUUUAUCCAUGGGAUUUGGAAGACGAGGAGAGUAUUCGCCGGUCACUUAAGUACAGCAACGUGGUCGUUAACAUGGUUGGAACUAGAAUGGAAACGAGGUAGGUAUUUUUUUAAAGGUUUUUGUUGAUUUUUAGGUAAUUUGAAGAAGGAUGGCGGAAGUUAUGAGGGAUAUUGUUUUAGGUAUACUAAGGAAAAGGUGAUUUUUGCUUUUUGUUACAACUUUUUUAGAAACUAAGAAGAUACUUGAAACUUUUUGGGGAUUUAGACUAUUCUAUUGGCCAGCUAUGCUAAAACAACUUUUUUGAAAUCUACGUUGUAUAUAAAGUUACAGUAAUUUUACCGCAUCCCUUAUUUUAUAUCGGAAAUUCCCUUUAUAAAAUCUCCUUUUCAGGCGCUUCAAAAUGGCCGAUAUUCACGUGAAAGGAGCUCGUCGUAUUGCUCGAAUUGCUCGCGAGAUGGGUGUGGAGAAGCUUGUCCAUGUAUCAGCACUGAACGCCACGGACAAGCCAGUUCCAGCAAUGAUUCGCAACGGCUCAAACUUUUUGAAAACUAAAUACGAAGGAGAACAGGUUGUUCGUGACGAGUUUCCUGAUGCCACAAUCAUUCGACCAGCGAUUUCUUACGGUGAAAUGGACUGUUUUAUUAACUAUUAUGUGUCUCGGUACCGCAAGAACAUUUUGGACACGGUUUAUUUGUAUAAGGCUGGUGAACAUAUUUACAAAAUGCCGGUUUAUGUGAGUUUUUUUUUUAUUUUUGCUGGUUUUUAGGUAAUAGUUUCCUAUUUUGGAAGGAAGCUUCUUUAAUAAUGGUAAAAUGGCAUGAACUGUCUUUCUAGUACGAAAAAUGGCUAGAACUUUCUUUAAAAAAUCUAAAAGGGCAAGAACUUUGCUUAAAGCUAAACAGUGUAAUAAGCAUUCCUGUUCCAGGUCAAUGACGUUGCCAAUGGUAUUGCCAGAGUUGUGAACGAUCCAACGACCGCCGGCAAGACCUACGAAUUCGUAGGACCACAUUGUUACAAACUAGGCGAACUGAUCGACUUCAUGUACCGCAAAGCCCAUUGUUAUGAGAACUUCGGAUUUUUGUACAAGAGACACGGUCUUCCAGAUCCACUGUUCCAGACCUAUAGGCUUGGCUGCAAUUUGUUCCAAAAAAUCUUCAAAAAUCAGCAUGCGCUGAUGACAGAAUGGAUGGAAUAUGUUGUAAGUUGGAUUUAAAAGGAUGUACGAAAGGAGUUUGUCAUGAAUUUAGGGGGUUCAAGUGUUUAAAUGACGUUUUUGACCUGAUUUUUGAGCUUUUCUGGGGAAAAUUAUAUUAUGAGGUUAGGUGAAUAGUAGAGAAUGGUCGUUUUUUAACUGUUUUAUGGAAGAAUAAGGUUUGGAAAACUUUCAGGAAGGCACCAACGACAUCCUGACCGGCAACCCCACCCUAGCCGACGUCGGCGUGACCCGCCUGACCGAGUUCGAGCUGAUGGGCGGAAGACUGUCCAAACUGCGCUCGUUCAUGAAGUUCUUCGAGGAGAGGUACGGCGACAUCGCCUCACCCCCACUCCCACUGAGAUCCCCACCCCUGAUCAAGGGCCAGUUCGACGAGAAGGAGUUGUACAACACCAAAACCCCACUAAAGGUGUUCACCUUCCCCGAACUGCCACCAAUGUAG